AUGCCCAAGGGACAUCUUUUUGUACCAAUACAAUCUGUGCUGAUCUUGGGGAUGAUCUUCAGUCUUACGUGCCUGAUCCUGCGAUUGCGGGUUAGGAGGCGACUGAACGGCAGGCUUUAUCCAGAAGAUGUCUGUUUGGUCCUAUCAUGGAUCGUCUGUAUAAACACCCAAGGCUUGAUUCUCUAUGCUCUGUACAACGCUGGAUUGGGGGUACAUGUUCAAGACCUUACGACCCGCCUAUUGGACUUGUAUGAAAAGCUAUUUCUUGCAACCGCGUGCCUCUUUGUCACGGGUCUAUGUCUUGCCAGGGGCGCUCAUCUGAUCUUUUUGGGUCGCAUCCUUGCCGGAAAACACACGCUGCGUUAUGCACUAUAUGCUGCCACUGCAUUCAUCACAGCCGGCUCGUUCAUUAUCAUAUCGCUUUUUGUCUUCGCUUGCCGACCUAUCACCCGAUCAUGGAAUGUGUCCCAGGCCGGCAAGUGUAUUAGUCGACCCGCAAUUUUUAUUGCCGUUGCAGUUCUGAAUAUAUGCUCUGACAUCCUGCUGGCACUGCUGCCCGUGCCGCUGAUCUACAAUAUGCAGGUACCUCGAGCACAGAAAGUCAAAUUUGUGAUCCUUUCUAUCAUGGUCUGCGUGACAUUCGUUGCCAGCGCUAUCCGACUGCGCGUUACAAUUCCCUUACUGAAAACCGACGACUUGACGUACGACAUAGCGCCACUUGCGUUGCUCGUUGGUAUCGAAGCGAAUCUAAUAGUCAUUGCAGCCUGUCUACCAGCAUUACGGCAGGGCUUCCGGAUGGCCCUCAAAGACCAUGAUAUGCCCCGGGACGAACUAUCAAAGCCCACUGACAAUCUCGCGAACUGUGACAGUCCGCCAGGGAGGACACCGCGCUUGGAAUUGUCACCCUUGGACAGUAUUGUCAUCGGUCCACCAAGACUCCCGCUUCAAAUUUCAGGAGCCAAGGUGUCAGCAUGAACCACUCAGCUUUGACUUUCUACGACUAUUCUCUCACUCCAUGAACACUCCGGGCUAUCAAU